AUGUCACCAUGGAUGUUACACUUCAUUACAUCUAUAAAGUUUAUUGAAUGCUUAGAAAAAGAUCCAAACAAACUUACUAAAGAGAGAAAAGAGCCCACACAAGUAGACAAAAGUAAUUCUAAAGAUAAAAUGGAACUAGAAAGUGCAGUAGAAGUGCAUAAUAACUUUGUAAAUGCACUUGAG